AUGGGUCGCGUUCGUACCAAGACGGUUAAAAAGUCAGCGCGCGUUAUCAUCGAGAAGUAUUACUCGAGGCUAUCCGCGAAUGAUUUUCACACAAACAAGCGCGUGUGCGACGAGGUCGCCAUCCUGCCCUCGAAAAGGAUGCGGAACAAGGUAGCUGGCUUCAUCACCCAUUUGAUGAAAAGAAUCCAACGGGGUCCAGUGCGAGGAAUCUCACUCAAGCUUCAAGAAGAGGAGCGAGAGCGGCGCAUGGACUUUGUGCCCGACGUGAGCGCCGUGAACACGGAAACCAUUGAGGUCGACCCGGACACGAAAGCAAUGCUUCGGUCCAUUGGGCUUGGCUCUAUGUCUGGUGUUGUCGUGAUCCAGCCAGGCGAGCGGCGCCCGUACCAUACUAGGAAGUGA